GUGGGAGCGGCCGGUGGCACCCGGGUUGUGGGCCUGGCAGCAGCCGGAGCCCCAGGGCCCCACGGGGUAAGUUUACCACCUUUAUUACCUGGUGGACUUCUACUGGACAUCUGGCCCACUGCAGCUGAGGAUAGGGAGAGUGUGGUGGCUGGGGGUCUUAGAACCUGGAAGGAAAGAACACCAACUCCCCAGUAACAGGCUUGAGAGACGCAGCAGGUUCUGCAUUCGAUUCUGUCCUAAGUGAGCCGAAUUGGUUGCAAAGGCUUCAAGGAUUCUGAACUAGGAAUGAUACAUGCUUUUUAAGGACCCGAGUUUUCUCCACGACUCCAGACUGGAAAGACAUACGUUUUAAAGGUCUCAGCUUCACUUCUAGAGGAGGGCAUUCAACUCACUCAGGACGUCCUAAGGCUUUCCCCCAACCCAUGGCGCUACCUGGUUGCUCACAGACCCAAACCUGGGACCUGGAGCCUCCCACUCCUACUGCUGAGGCCUCCUCAUCUUCCGGACCCCAACAACAGGAGGGAACCGGGAGCACUGUGGUAUCCGGGAGGCUUUCCUUGGAGAAGGUGAAGCGACCCAUGAACGCGUUCAUGGUGUGGAGCUCCGCUCAGCGCCGCCAGAUGGCGCAGCAGAACCCCAAGAUGCACAACUCGGAGAUCUCCAAGCGCCUGGGCGCGCAGUGGAAGCUGCUGGCCGAAGAGGAGAAGCGGCCCUUUGUGGAGGAAGCCAAACGGCUGCGUGCCCGGCAUCUGCGCGACUAUCCCGAUUAUAAGUAUCGGCCGCGGCGAAAAACCAAGAGCUCGGGCGCCGGGCCUGCCCACUUCAGUCAAGGAGGCGGCGGUCUGGCUUGGGGGCCGCUCUGGGGGCCAGGAUAUACAACCACCCAGGGAAGCAGAAGCUUUGGGUACCAGCCCCCUAACUACUCGACAUCCUAUCUACCCAGCAACUAUGGCUCUUCUUACUCUAGACCGGAGGCCCCGUCACUGUGCUCCUCUCCUCAGAGUGACCCGAGGCUCCAGGGGGAGCUUCUACCCCCAUCUAGUCCCUACCUACCUCCAGGGUCUUCUGCUCCUUACAAUCCUGGUGCCCCCAUGCCCCUAGCACACCUCUAACCAGCAUGGACCAUUCCCCUUUUCUUCCACCCUCAACCCCAGGCUGAAAAUCUUCCUGUGUUGGACCACAGUUCAGAGGCCUGAAGUCCUCCCAAGAAAGCCAAGGCCAGCAAACCCACUAUGUAACACAAGUUU